AUGAGCUGGCUACGAGUCAUUUAUGCUGUGCUUAUGUUCACACUUUGCAUCGCUUCUCCUGUCCUCGGGAGCAUCACCAGAACGUACUACGUCGGAAUCAAAGAAGUACUGUGGAAUUAUGCUCCAAGCGGUCACAAUCUCGUCACUGGGAAUGCUAUCGCUGAAGACGAGCAGGCAUCUGUCUUUCUCCAGCAAGGCCUACACAGAAUAGGUGCUGUGUACAAGAAAGUGGUGUACAAGGAGUACACAGACCAAACCUACUCUAAGGAGAUUACAAAACCCAGUUGGCUAGGGUUUCUGGGUCCGGUUCUGAAGGCAGAGGUCGGCGAUGUCAUAGUUGUCCACAUGAAGAACUUUGCGUCCAGGUCAUACUCCAUGCAUCCGCAUGGCGUCUUCUAUAAGAAAGACUCUGAAGGGGCUAUGUAUCCAGAUUUGACCUCAGGGAAGCAGAAGCUGGAUGAUGCGGUCCCUGCAGGAGGCAGCUACACAUACACCUGGACUGUGAAGCCGGAAUAUGCACCCACGGAGGGUGACGCCAACUGCCUGACCUGGGUGUACCACUCUCACCUAGACGCUCCACGGGACAUUAACUCCGGCCUUAUCGGGGCGCUUCUUACUUGCAAGAAAGGUACUCUGCUUCCAAAGUCCAGCAAUCAGACUGACGUGAAGCGGACUGAUGUGGAUCGGGACUUUAUGUUGUUGUUUAGUGUGAUAGAUGAGAAUCUCAGCUGGUACUUGGAAGAGAACAUCCAGACCUUCUGCUCUGAUGCCAGGGGUGUGGACCCUAAUGAUAUGGACUUCCAGGAGUCCAACAAGAUGCACGCCAUAAAUGGAUACGUGUUUGGCAACCUGCCAGGUGUGGAGAUGUGCCAGAAUCGCUCUGUGGCCUGGCACCUCUUUGGGAUGGGCAACGAGGUGGACAUCCACUCCGUCUCCUUCCAUGGCCACACCGUGCUAAACCAGGGCCACCGUGCUGACGUUCUCAGCCUCAUCCCGGCCACCUUCGUUACUGCAGCUAUGGUCCCCAUGACUGUCGGGAGGUGGAUGUUGAGCUGCCAGGUCAAUGACCACGUACAAGCCGGGAUGCAGGCAUUUUUUCAAGUUACCACCUGUGGAAGAAAGGAGAAUGGCACUGGAGAGUUUCCUGGUGGUAGAAUAAGGCAGUAUUUCAUUGCUGCUGAGGAACAACUGUGGGACUAUGCCCCGCUAGGAAUUGACACUUUACAUAAUCUGUCCCUGGUUGACCCUGACAGCAUGUCAGAGGUUUUCUUUGGUAAGACAAGGGGUCGAUUGGGAGGAGUGUAUCGGAAGGUUCGUUAUGUGGCCUACACCAAUGAAAACUUCACCACUAAGGAAGAGCGAACUGCUGCAGAAGCACAUCUCGGAAAUCUGGGCCCAGUUAUACGAGCUGAAACCGGUGACCUGCUUCUCGUGACAUUCAUGAACAAGGCCAGUCAGAACUACAGUCUCCAGCCACAUGGCCUGCAGUACGAAAAGGCCUACGAGGGGGCCAGCUACCAGGAUGGUUCUCAGAAGGACGGGGCACUCGUGCAGCCUGGUGACACGUUCACAUACAGGUGGAGACUGAUGGAAGGCCCCUCCCCCAGCGACCCAGCAUGCAUUUCGUACCUGUAUUAUUCAGCCAGUGACCCGGUCCGUGACACCAACUCUGGGCUGGUGGGCCCUCUGCUGGUGUGCAGAAGAAAUGCGCUGAAUGAGAGUGGGGCUCAGAAGGGAGUGGACAAGGAGUUUUUCCUGCUCUUCUCGGUGGUGGACGAAAACCUUAGCUGGUACCUGGAGGACAAUAUCCUCACAUUUGGGACUAAUGAAUCAGAACCACAGGAUGAGUACUUUUUGGAGAGCAACAAAAUGCAUGCGGUGAAUGGUCUCAUGUAUGGGAAUCUCCAGGGUCUGGAUCUCUGUAUGGGAGACCGGGUGACUUGGCACGCCCUAGGGCUCGGCACUGAGGUAGACAUCCACAGCAUAUACUUCCAGGGCAACACCUUCAAGCAGGAGGGCACGACCCGGGACACCCUCAAUGUUUUUCCACACACCACAGUGACAGUUUCCAUGCAGCCGGACUCCGCAGGGACAUUUGAGGUGAGCUGCAGGACGACCGAUCACUACAUGGCUGGGAUGCGCCAGCAGUACUCUGUGAUGAAGUGCACGGGGCAGGACGUCCCACGGGGUGAGGCCCCUCUCUCCGUGGUGCAAUACUUCAUUGCAGCUGAAGAGCUGGAGUGGGACUACUGUCCUAACAGGACCUGGGAGUUUGAGAAACACAACGCCACUGAGGAGAACAGUAUCGGGAAUAUAUUUGUUGGAAAAGGGGAGAAUCGGAUUGGCUCCAGGUAUAAAAAAGUGGUGUACAGGGAGUAUACUGAUGCCACCUUCAACAUUCAGAAACAGAGGCCACCACAAGAGGAACAUCUGGAGAUUCUGGGUCCCAUAAUCAGAGCAGAGGUUGGAGAGCGGAUUCUGGUAAACUUCAAGAACAAGGCCACCCGCCCGUACUCUAUGCACGCCCAUGGAGUUGUUGUGUCUCCUGGUCACCUGCCACCUGUCCAACCAGGUGGAAUGAAACAGUACCAGUGGGAUGUACCACAAAGGUCUGGCCCAGGCCACUCAGACCCAAACUGCAUCGCCUUCCCUUAUUACUCCGAUGCCAACUUUAUCAAGGACACUGCCAGCGGGCUGGUAGGACCUUUGGUGAUCUGUAGAAAGGGAACACUGGACAAGAACAGAAGGAGGAGGGACGUGGACCGGGAGUUUAUCCUGUUAUUCAUGAUUUUCAAUGAAAAUGAGUCCUGGUACCUGAGACAAAACAUACAAACCUACCUGAACAAAGACCCAGACAACUUGACUGUGACUGAUGACUUCCUGGAGAGCAACAGGAUGCAUGGGAUCAACGGCAAGCUUUACGGCAACCUUCAUGGGCUGACCUUGGUGGAGGGGGAGAAGGCAGACUGGUACCUCCUGGCGAUGGGCAAUGAGGUCGACAUACACCCUGUCCAUUUCCACAAACAAAGUUUCAUAUACAGGACAGACCAGGCUCAUCGAGCUGAUGUCUACAACCUGUUUCCCGGCACGUCCCAAACAGUAGAGAUGGUUGCAGAGAUCUCAGGAACUUGGCUGCUGCACUGUCACGUGACUGACCAUAUUUAUGCUGGCAUGGAGACCACCUUCACUGUCCAGAGCAAGACAGGUGAGUUGAGGGGCAGAGAGGGGUUUGGGUGUAUCAGGGCAGGUGAUUUCUAA